CAACAUGGCACCACCACCUGCGCAAUGGCCAGACGGCGUCGCGUACUUGGCAGCAAAUGAGCUCCAUUGUGACGUGGAACCACCUGCAGGAGAAGACAUCGGCAUGCCGCACGUAACAACUCCAUCCCCGGUGUUUCCAGUCUCGAUUGCCCUCAUCACGGAUCCGUCGCACCCGGUCGCAAACAGCUACGGGCUGUUUGCAGCAGCGCCGAUUCCACCCCACACACUCGUGCUCAACUACAUGGGCCAGAUCCAUCUCCAAACAACGUUUCCAGACUCGGACUACGCAGUGACGUACUAUGGGCCGUACUCUGUCGACGCCACGUUUGCCGGGAACGAAGCGCGAUUUAUCAACGACUAUUGCAACAUCGGCUCUCGACCGAACGUAGCCUUUGACACGUACCGCGAUUGCGACGGAGCCGUUCACGUCGGCGUGUGGACGCUCAACGUCCCGAUUGCACGAGGCGAAGAAAUACUGGGCAACUACGGCCGUGCGUUCUGGCGCGCCCGAGGAGUGCGCGGCGUGGUCGGUCCCGACUGGGACGACGAUUGGGAUUCGUAGGAACGACGCUGGCACGACAGCGAGUGGCAGCGACGCCAUAUCGACGUUGGAACUGUGUCGAGAGUUCGCUUUUGAAUGUUGAAGCAGGCAUGUCUCGCCGCCAG